AUGUCUGCCCACAAGUCUAACGUCUCAAAGAGAUGGCUAGUUUUAUUGUUAACAAUCGACUGGAUGGUACUUAGUUAUGGUAAAGAGGUAAGUAAUUAUGGUAAAAAUCGAAGUCAACUCCUUCGAUUAUCUAUAGAACAGAACAGAUCCAGCCAUAGGUUAUGAGGGGGAAAAGAAGCAAUGUUAGGCUACGAUAUUUCAUAUGUUAAGAGAUGACCAUCACGGGGCUGUUUAUGACUAGCUGUACACUAAGUCAGAGUAGAAAAUAGACCGUUCAUCCUUGCCUGUUUUCCAUCGUCGCCAUGCAUUGCUUCUUCGUAGAAAAUUCCAUGCUAAACUUUACAGGUCGUUUGUAUCCGUGGUCAGUGACAAGAGCCUUAACUCGAAUUAUACAAAUGUGAAUUGAUGAAUACUUUGCGGAUUUCUUAUAACAGGGCUUGUGCUGACUCGAAAUUUUCAGCACGAAUUGUCUGCUCAUUACAUGGUCCAUGAAAUUAACUACCAUAUGAAUUUUUUUACACAUGAUGAUAGUCUCAGGAAGAUACUUUAAAGGAGGUUAUACUUCAUUUUAAAUUUUAAUCUACCUGCUUUUGAUAACAGAAUAUCCGCAUAGUUCUCAGCCUUUCCUUAUUCUUUCAUUUUUGAAUUACUGUUGAUAAAAGGCAUACAUAAUUUAACAGAUGUUCCUCUAAAUCACCAGAAUGGCGCACUCGUCAAAAGAGACACAACACUUGAAAACGUGAAGGCGAUGUACAACAGAUUUGUGAGUGAUUCAACUGGAAAGGUAAGUUGAAGUAAGGGACUUCAACUGAUUAAGAUGGUCAUAAAAAGUCCCCGGAGUCAUAAAAAGACCCAGGAGUCUUAGAGUGGGAUCACGUCGCACGAUGCAUUGUCACAAAAUUACUUUUUCUUGGUAACAUUUUAGUUAACGCACCUAGUCUAGAUUAGGAAACGUGUUAUGAAGGCGGGAAAAUGUGGUCAGUUAAUUAGACUUCCGAAGGAAAAUAGUAUGAAUGCGCAGAUCUUCAAUUCAAACUUAUGUUACCCGCUCAAGGAGAGGAAUACGUUACAAAGUUCUUAAAAUUGUAAUAUUUCAUUUUGCUGAAUGACCCAGGCAAAGUAUGCUGACGCUGGAAAUAACGCUUGCUCAAUGGACUUGCCGCCGUCUAUAACCAAAACACCAGGGAUAGUUCAUGUGGCUGCAUCAAAGCAUGACUUCCAGGGUUCUCUUGGAUGCGGAGUGUGUCUUAACAUUGUUGGAAGUGGAAAACCUGCUGCAGCAGAUCUGGACGGCUCACCACCAGUUGAAGGAAGCUUAAGAGGAAUAAUCGUCGACCAAGACGAUUCACUGAAUCAAGGUGCUGACAGCCUUUUACUGUAAUUCUGAUGACGUUUCUGAUUAUGUUGAAUAUUGCAAUUGCUCUGAUAGUCUCUGAGAAGUUCUGAUAAAGUAUUUUUUGCUAGAAAUUUUGAACAAGAUCAUGGCGCAUAAUCGUUGAAUGAUACAAUUUGCUUUUUUCAUGGGAGAUCAUGGCUCUCAGUGAGAUCUGAAACAAACCCAAUUCUAUCCUUGUUCCACCCUAGGAGACCUGGCUGUUCUUCCUCCACAGACUGGAAGUGGUCUUUGGGAAAUCAGCUUCAAAGCUGCUGACUGCCCAUCGGCCCAGGGACCAACAGGAUACAUCCAGUUUCGUUUUACUGGCAGUAAUGACAUGUAUUUCAAACUGCAAGCCACAAAUGCUAAGUAAGUAACGGCACAAGUGUGUUUCGCCAUUAGCAACCUCAGUGUGACCUACCCACGUACACCAACCCAUAAAAGACCUACCCGUUUAUCUUUUUGUUCGAUUGCCAAACGUUUCCAUGUGUCUACUGCUGUAUAGAGUUCCUGUGGCUGGCAUUGAAGCUUUUGAACGUGUAAAAGGCAAGUGGUUUUGCCUCGCAAGAACGACAAAUAACUUCUUCACGAACGAAGGAAUGGGUGCUGUUUCAUUUCCACUGAAGGUGCGCCUAACAAGUGUCAUGAAUGAACAGCUGGAGGCGACAAUCAACGCCCUAGAAAACGACAAGGUUAUCAAUUCUGAUGUUCAGUUCUCAGACACUGCAAUGAGAGGUGAGAGACACUAAGAGUUCUCCUGAUUACUAGACAAGAAGUAAACUCUUCCAUACUUAGUUGAUCAAAUUCGUUUGAAAUUCUUAUUCAUCAGUUGAUGGGCUGAUUCGAUAAUCAGAGAAGCAAUUUUUUUGUCCAUGUUUCCUAAUAGAAAUCUCCUGUCUUAAUCAGCGUAAUUCUGGUUUCAUUUUGGCUGUGUAAAAAACCUUGAACUUAAAUAUUAAUCUCCUACGACUCCCAUAGGUGGAUCACCAGAAGGAAUUAAAUGUUAUGGUCAAGGUGACAGACCUUCUACACCUGAAGGUACGCGUGCACGAAGUUUCCAUCAUAUUUCGUAAAUCUAUUUUACAAGAGUCUCCCUAUUACGCCUCUUUUUUAAAACUUAUCAAGCUCUCAUAAUGUGUGGACCGGCAUAACAAGAACGUAUCGAUAAUAUGAUACAAAUUUCAUAAUAUUGGAAUGUAGAUCUGGCCUCUAAAUUCCUUUGAGUGAAACUUUUCAUUGGCUUUUUUUUUAGUUGAAGGCUAAACGUGAGUUAUUUCCGUGGCUUGAUAAUGGAAGAAAUAUAUUGUUAUCUUCAUCCAUCCCGAGCUAAGCUUCGAUCUGCCUUUGACCGCGCGCUAGAUUCUUGAUCUGAUUGUAAACGCAUACCCAAACACCCAUCUAUGAAACAAUAUACCUGCACUAUCACUCGUGAGAAAUUCAAAGUUUUUUUAUAUUUUUCUCUACAGUGAAAAGUUAUUCCAGUUAAUUAGAAUAUGAAAGCUACAUGCAAAGACCGUUAUUUGUUUUGAUUCUCAAUAGGCGAUGAAGGGUUCUGCGUGUCCAAAGAGGAUGGCAUAUACGCAGAUCCAAAAGACGAGACCGCUUUUUACGUUUGCCAAGGUGAAAAGGCAACAAAGAAAUUUUGUCCAACUGGACUAAAAUUUAAUCCAGUGAUAUCUUCCUGUGAUGUGCCGGAAGAUGUAAAAUUUGUUAGCGCUGAAGCUGAAUCUGGGGGGCCAUUUGACUCAAAAGAAGGCAGUAGAUGGAUUUCUUUACCAGGUGAUGGUAGCUUGAAAGUUUUUUCUGUCGGUGAAAGCGAAAAACCGACUAAACAAGAUGACAAGGUGAUUUCAAAGGUUUCACACCCGCACAAGUUGUUUUCAAUCAACAUAUUCAACGGUGUCCAAAGUCAUGCAAUACAGCAGCCCCCUGGAGGAACACAAAAUAAACUUGCGAGUCCUGUAAGAUACCAAGGACAUUUACAAGAUAAUGUCGUAAAUAUCAUGUCAGUGGAGUCACCUCCACUAAAUGGAAAAGCCAAAAAGCCCGUAAUGGUGCCAGAAACGGACGUUAAAUCCAAGAGCCAAGAGGGCUUGCGAAAUACUACCAACCAAACGAUUGAGGACAAUAAUUCAGUGUUGCUAACACAAAAAUUACAGCCAGUGAUUAAAGGCAACGUGAGCCAAAAAAUAGAUCAAAAGGAUUGGCGAAAUGACGAAGGACACAUGAAAAAUUUGCGUGAUUCAGCAAAUAAUAAGAGUUUGGCAAAUAUUUCUGAAAACCAUUUAUCUCCAAAUGAUCUAAGUCAUUUCAGUACAACCCCUCACAAGUUGUUUGCUAUAAAUAUCUAUGGUUCACAUCCUCAACUUCCAAGUGUGCACCAUGAAAUGAAGACUACCACUGAGAACAGACAGGAUGGGGAACAUACCAUAGAACCAGUAGAUGAGUUUAGAGACACCAAUUCCUUCGCUGACAACGGUCGGAAAGUUCUAGUUGACUCAUCAGAAUUUCACAUUGGCAAAGGUGAGAUGUUAAAAAAUCCUGGGCAGCUUACAACUGAUACCAACGAAAAUAACUCAGAGAAUGCCAAUUUUGGGGGCAAGACAGAUUCAUUUAGCACUAAUGAUUCAAUUAGUUCGAUGCCACUUCACUUUAAACUUAAGAUUAAGAUGGACAACAGUGGAAAACAGCCUGUGAUUAACUGCACUCUGUCCGAAUGCCCUGAGAAUGACUUCGCGAUACAGGAAGAUAGGACGAAUACCUCAACGUCGCCAGUAAAUGGAUCAAAACCUGAACCUAUUGUAUCGCCGCAGAAAUUAUUUGUCAGCCAGAACAAUUCUAAACUUGAAGAUUUUCGAGUAACGUUUAAAACUGGUCAGCCAGAGUCAAUGAAUCAGAAACAAGAAGUGAAAGAAUCGCGUGCGCCCGCGAUGAAUUUAACAAAAAUUAUAAUACCACCUUCUCAUAUGCAGGAUAUAACAAACCUUUCCCAGCAGAAAAAUGCUUCUAAAACUCCCAUUCAGCAGUUAAAAAGUUCUUCUAGACAGCAAAAUGGAGACGUGCCCACUUUACACCAUAACGAUACGGUAUCAUUAGAAACAAAUAAAAACGCAGAGCAAGGGCAAGUGAAAACCGACGACAAUACAAAGACUAUGGAGAUCAGCGACAACAACAAACCUGACGAGAUGAGAGGGGCAGAGCAAAAAGCAACUACAAUGGACGAGAGUGCUGCAAGCAACAUCCAAAACUCUUCUAAUCUAAAAGUUUCUGUGGGUGAGAAGUACGAAACUGGUAACAAAGUAAAAGACCCAGUUGUGACUGGGGGCCCAGUUCAAGAACCUGGCAACGCAAAGGCCUCUGAUAAAUUCAGGGAGCAAAAACAGAUUUUUACGAACAACAAGUUUCAAGCCAAUUUACAAUCGGACAGUGUAACAAAGCAACUAGAAAAUGCUAAUAUGAAAAGUCCCUUUCUUGAGCAAGAGCAGCUAAGUCCUCACGAUUUUGUUCAAAUUCAGAGCCGUCCACAACUAAAGAUAAUUUUAAAAACUCCUGGGAGAAUUUUGAAUCCUCUGAACAGACGGUCAGGUGCUAAAGGUCACAUCGUGCAGAUCUUAAAAAGCUUGAUCGAUAGGCCGCUUGAGUUAGAUUCUAAGGGCAAAGAGGUCGUUUCUAUGUUAUCCAGUUUCACCAACAAAACAGCAACAGGAACGGCUCGAGAGAGAAUAUCUCAAGAUGAUUCCAAGGCAGUGGAAGAUGGUGGAAAUAUCGCCCAGAGUAUUUUAGAAGCAAACAAGGAAUACCUUGACGCUAUUGCUACGCAGGGAAUGGUAUUCAGUGAUGGGGAUCCUGAAACAGAGAAUAUGACAAGUAUGGAUGGCUCUAUUAAUCACAGUCAUGGCUAUCAACAGCAGGAAUAUGAAGCUUCUCGGUGGAAAAGUCCACACACAGAAGGAGAAGAUUCUUCAACAGAGCCCCAAGAGCAUAGCCUCGGCAUUAAUACUCACCAAGGUGAUUCGGUCCAGGGUGAGUAUUUGAUAACUCGACUUCAAGAGGACGGAGGCAGUGGUGAGUAAUCUUAAAUUUGUUUUGUCACCGUAAUGGUUCGUCAAAAUGAUAAAAAAGAAAAAACAAAUAAGUUUGCCAAAGAAAAAUCGGAAAUCCGAAAGGGAACAGCAUGAGAAAAUCGCAAAAGACAAUGAAUUGGAUUGUGGUUUGUUUGGAAACAGAGGUCGUUUACCUUAUUAUAAUACUCAUACCAUUUUUCAUUUGGUCAUGGUUUUGCCAAUAAAUAAAAGUGGUCUCGUAGAGCUUGAGAUCAUCUGGUUUUUUUUUUUUUGUUAUGUUUGUUUGUUUCAUAUCUCAGCCCCUCAACUGCGUAUGUAGGAUUAUGUAGCGGACUUUCUUAGCGCCCCUUCUCAGGCUCGAACCCCGACAGAUGGAAGAAACAACAAUAUCCCUUCUCGUCUCAUGAUACAUAAGACUGGACAAGAUUAUACCGAGCGUAGCUUAUGUAAAAAGGGGGUAAAAGACUAACAGAAAACAUUUCUUGGUUUCAGGUGAAAGUGUUAGUGGGAUGGGAACCAACAAAAACACUGGGUCGGGUAAACCUGAACACGAUAAAGGAUCCAAAGGCUUGCCUAACAGAGCAGGCAGGGUGUCUGUCACAGGUGGACUGCCUGGAGUAUCAGAAAUGAACGCUUACAAAGGAGGGAUGCGCAAACCAAAAGUUGAUUCACGUAGGGACAGUUUUAUCAUACAAUGAAUAUUAUUCUCUCUGUAUCUCUGAAUUAAAAGGCAAAACAUGCGAAAAAUACGCGUAUGAGUGAAAUGAAGGUAAACUUUGUAAAGGAAAACGUGCAAAAAAAAUCAAACCUAAAAACCAGUGCAGACUUGAGGCUCAGAUCUUUUGAUUUGACUAUUGAAUAUUUCACUGAGCAACAAGCGAAAUCGAAGACAUAGUUCUAAUAGCCUCAAAAGCGAUAAGCCUCUUGCAUGAUGAUAGGGUAUGGGAAAUUGUUGAGUUACGAUUAUGACACAGUAACAUUUGACUUUCUUCUUUUAGGAUUGAAGUCCUUCUGCAUCGGAAAGUCAAGCGGAAUCUACACAAAUCCUUUCGAACAAAAGAGCUUUGUCGUCUGCUCUAAUGGAGUGUCAGAGGAGAGACAGUGUCCUGAGGCCAUGUUGUUUAACCCUAAAGAAAAGAUGUGCGAUGUGCCAGAUCAGAGAAACACCAUGAGGACAAAGAAAAGGAAAGAAACCACCAAAAAAUGAUUGAGACGUUCUCGUUGAUGAUUCCUUCUUCACAAUAUUUGUCUCAUGGAAAAGUGACCUUCCUAAGAAAAUACAUGUUCAAUUUAAAACGUAUUGAAAUUUCAAUUCAAUGAAAAAUUACUUCAUGAAUAACAUCUCCGUUUGCAGUCCCGCCCCCUUCCCUACACAACAAGACAAGUCUGCAUUUAUUUUCCAAAAUGUAAAUGUAUAUUUAUAGCUUAACUAUGGAAGACAACUAACGCCAAUAAAACAGAUUGCCCCUUUUAGUUGUGA